AAAAUCCGGAGUGAAAGUAUUUCAGGAGCAGUUAGGAGCCCCACUGCUCUGCCCUCCGAGUAGACACUGAAGCCCCGAUAUUACGCAAAAAAGAACAGCACCAAUCUGGCAAGUUAGUUCAUUCACCUUAAUUAUAGGACGCACCGUAAUAGAAAGGCAUAACUAUGUUUUUCCUUUGUGACCAUGGUGCGCAAAGGAUGAUUACUGUUCCCAAAAUACACUGACAGAUUUUUUACUCGAUUUCAAAUUUUUCCUGAAGUGAACAAAGUGGACGGAGUCGCUCGUGUAGUGUCUGCGUGCGGGAGAGCGAUAAAGGGUUAAGGAGGAAAACUGGAAAGUGUGCCUCAGCAUGGAUGAGAAUGAGCAGAGCGCAAGAGACGCGGAACAGCGAGGAGCGGCGGACGAAUCCAACAGUGCCAUACGACCUCUUCUGCAAGCUCCGGGGAACCUGCAGCUUCCUCAUCGAAUCACCAACUUCUUCAUUGACAACAUCUUGCGUCCGGACUUUGGUCGUAAAAAAGAAGCGAACAUAACGCGCGAUGAGAGCAAUCACGGUGCUAGAGCGAAUCACAGCCUUACGGGUCCUAGUACGGGACAGGUGGGGAGUACAGUACCAGCAGAGGGAACUUCCACAACAAAUACGAGAAGCGAAGGAAAGAAACCACAGAUAGCAAGCGAUGAGCCCUUGAAGCCCCGCGGGGAGAAUGUGGAUCAGUGCCCGAGUUCGGAAUCGGAUAGUUCACAGUCCAAUUCAAACGGAACUGGUCAGCCUAUGCUAUGGCCCGCUUGGGUUUACUGCACACGCUACUCGGACAGGCCGUCGUCAGGUCCCAGGUCUCGUAAACCAAAGAAGAAAGAAACAAGUAAAGAGGACAAACGACCACGCACGGCCUUUACGGCGGAGCAGCUUCAGAGACUCAAGACCGAGUUCCAAACCAACCGCUACCUGACCGAGCAGCGACGGCAGAGUCUGGCGCAGGAACUCGGCCUCAACGAAUCCCAGAUCAAAAUCUGGUUUCAGAACAAGCGGGCAAAAAUCAAAAAGGCCAGCGGCAUCAAGAACGGCCUAGCAUUACACCUGAUGGCACAAGGACUAUACAACCACAGCACCACGUCAAAGGAAGACAAAUCAGACAGUGACUGAGACAGAAAAUGCUGGGAGGGGUGAAGGGGAUAGAGGACUGGGGUGAUGGGUUAGGUUAUAUUUACAAUGCAAUAAUUCUAAAGAAUAAAGGGCCAGUGAAUAAAUAUACCAGCAUUCAUGAAGUGAAACAGGGGGUAAAUCGAAAUACAUUUAUUGAAUACAAAUUUUUCUACGAAAUAAUGUUCAAAUUAUUUCAAAAAUAGGCUAUAUAGGGGCCGUAUUGCACUUGGCAGAGUGGCUCUCUUGAGAAACAAACGUUUCUAUUGUGUUCCGUUUUCAGGCUCUCACUAGAACCGAGCGUUUUCCACUAUCAGCGCAUCGAACGUUUAUAUACAUAUAUUAGUUAUGUGUACAAUUGCGAAAAACCUUGCUUAAGUCCAAAGAGUCUUUACUGCUGCAUCCAGGCAACUGUGAUUAUAAAAUGCAUUUUAGUCGGUUUAUUUCUUGUCAUUGUUGAUUUGAUGUUUGAUAGAAAAUGAACGCAGCAAUCAUCAGAUCUCAGCAGAAUAUGAUUUAAAAAAAUGUUUUUAUUGUAAAUAUGUUUACGUCUUUGCCUGGCUAUUUCAAACAAACUUUUAAAAAUCGCGAUGGACUGUACAGAUCGCAAGAACUUAAUUUACUGUGCAUUACAUUGUAGAUUGUCUGGCUGAACUGCCAUGUAACUAGCCUAACAUAACAAUAACAUUGGACUAACUUUCAUAGCCUGGUCAGCAUUUAAACUAGGUGCGAAAAAUAAAUAAAUAAAUAAGCAAACGUACCGACGCGUCUUAAAUCGCAUUCAUAGUUUUUAUAAAAGAGCAAUAUAGUCAUCUUUUGUAGCAAAGUAUGUUUUAAUCAUUAUAAUGCUGCCUAUAAACGUGUAGCUCAUUGACAAUGAUGUACGCUUAUGCGCACUCUUGACAAAAGCCAGGGUUAAGCGCCACAACACAUCACACAGAAAUAUACAAUAUACAUAUAUAUACAGCUAUAAAUAUAAAUAUAAACCACAACUAUCAAAUCAAAAAUAAGCAAACCAGCCGUUUACUGUAUAACAGACGUUAAAAUGCCGUUUUAUUGUUGACUAUGUAUUUAUAUAGAUUCUAUUAAGGAAAAAACUUUAUCCAAUGACCGGUGUUGCUUUUUAUGUGAGAGUAGAUUUUUAAGGUGUUUAAAUUGCUUAUUUAUACUGCAAUAACUUCUUUAUGUGAAUGAAGCGUUAUCGGGGCCUUUGCAUGAAAGCUGCAAAUUAUCAUAUUAGGACAUAUUCACGCGUAUUUAGAAAAGCUUAAAGUAUGAUCGAGAUUUAUGUUGCAGACUGUGUCCAUAUGCCAAAUUUGUGCAAGUUUUACUUUUUUUAUUUUUAUCUGAAAAGAGUGUGUGACAAUUAUGCCACCAAACUUAACACACCUUGCCUUACAAGUUCAAGUGCGAACUUAAUAACAUAGAACUGUGCCGAAUCAGAGAAACAGUGUUAAAAUCAAUUGCAUUAGCAUAUCUAUAAAUAUGGCCUUCUAUCUGAUAUACGACGUAAUGAAUUUACCAGCCGAGAUCUAUCUAUGAAAGCUAUUUGAAAGCUGAAAUGACAAAAACUGAAAAGUAUAAUAUAAUGGUAUUUUUAUUUUGGGUUUACAGGUACUGUUUGUAACGUGUAAAUAAUUUGUAUUACGUACGUAUUAAUUGUGUAAUUAACUGCCUCCUGAAAUCUUGAUAAGAAUUAAAUAAACAAUAUGAA